GUUUAUGGGUUGGUUACCAGCCAGGAAACUACAAUCGAAACUAAAAAAGAUUGAGAACAGAAACUCAAUUUUGAGGCUUUAAACCUGUUAAAUUUGGAAACUUAAACAGCCACAUAUUUUGUGCACAGAAACACCAGUGACAGAAGAUGGCGAUGGUUGAGGAGCAGCUCCUGAAAGCUCUGGAGGAUCUGACCACAGACAAACUAAAGAAGUUUAAGUGGUACUUGAAGAAUAAUGGCUCUGUUUCAACUUCUGUUCUGGAGAAAGCAGAUGCCGCCACUGGAACAGUGGAUGUAAUGGUGGGGCAAUUUGGACCAGACGGAGCCGUGAAGAUCACACUGGAAAUCCUGAGGAAGAUGAACGAGAACUACUUGGCUAAACAGUUGGAGAACUGGACUGCGACAACUGAGAAAAAUGAACCGAUAAAUCCAAAGAAAGAUGAGCCGCAUCUGAAUAGUGAGGCAAAUAAAGCACAAUUGUUUGAUAAGCACUGGCCAGAUCUCAUUCAGAGAGUUAAAAAUGUUAAGAUCAUUGCAGAUAAACUGCUUGUGCAGCAAAUAAUUCAUGAGGAACAAUAUUCAGAAAUCACGCAUGACCGUUUAACCAGUGCAGACAGCAUGAGAAAGAUCUGUGACAUUAUACGUAAGCGCAGUGGCACUGUGAAAGCCAAAUUCAUCUCAAUUCUUCAGGAAGUGGACCGAUACCUUCUAGAAGAUCUGUCUUGAUUCGACACCUUGAGCUCAAGGUGCAUGUGUGUAAAACCAAACAGAAGAAAAUAUUGAUUUAUCCAAAAUUUCCCAAAUAUACUUGCCCAGCAAUGAGCAAAUCUCAUAAAGACUUUAUUUCUCAUGCCAAAAUAAAAGGUAAAAUGACUUCAAUGUCAAAGCACAUUUAUAGCAGAAUAAAAACUAUGUAUUUCAUACUUUAUCAGAAUUAUCAGUAUAUAAAAGCAUGUAAAUAUUUUGGAUAAAGGUUUCAUACCUGCAAAUGUAUUGCCUUUCAGCCAAAUUCACUGUUCUGACAUUGAAAUAAGCCAAAUUAAUAGAAGUGGGAUUGAUUUUAUACUUUUACAUUUUGGAUGUUUAAUAUGAUGAAAUAUUAUUCUUUUUAGACCAAUGUGAAAAUCGAAUGUGCAUUUGAAAAAUUAUAUAAACUCUUCAGUUUGUCCUGGUUUAAUAUCUGAAAACUAAAGUUUAUUGUUUAAUAAACUUUGUGUUUUGUCAAAACCUGUAUGUUUUAACUGUAAAUUUGUUGAAAUCAUCAUUCCAAUAAAAAUUUUAA